AUGUCGCCCAAGGCAUCGGAGAACGGCAUGGAAGGCGAUGAUGAAAGAGAAGAAGAUUCGGAAGAAGAGAUAUCGGAGGAGGAAGAGGAGGAGGAGCCGCGGCUCAAGUACCAGCGUAUGGGCGGCAGCGUGCCCUCGCUCCUCCAAAGCGACGCCGCUUCGUGUAUUGCGGUUGCCGAACGCAUGAUCGCCCUCGGCACCCUCGCCGGAUCCGUCCACAUUCUAGAUUUUCUAGGCAACCAAGUUAAGGAGUUCAUUGCACACACUGCUGCAGUUAAUGAUCUUUGCUUUGAUAUCGAAGGUGAAUACAUUGGAAGCUGCUCUGAUGAUGGUUCUGUUGUAAUUUGUAGUCUUUUUACUGACGAAAGAAUGAAAUUUGAGUAUCAUCGUCCUAUGAAGGCCAUUGCUUUAGAUCCAGAUUAUGUGAGGAAAUCAUCCAGAAGAUUUGUUACUGGAGGUUUAGCAGGUCAUUUGUAUUAUAACGUGAAGAAAUGGAUUGGCUACCGAGACCAGGUGUUACACUCUGGUGAAGGCCCAAUUCAUUCAGUGAAGUGGAGAACUAGCCUUAUUGCCUGGGUUAAUGAUGCUGGCGUGAAAGUUUAUGAUGCUGCUAAUGAUCAACGUGUAACAUUUAUAGAAAGGCCUCGUGGAAGCCCACGACCUGAGCUUCUGCUUCCUCAUUUGGUUUGGCAGGAUGAUACUAUGCUGGUUAUCGGAUGGGGAACAUCUGUUAAAAUAGUAUCAAUAAGAGGCAAUCAGAAUAAAACCGUGAAUGGGACAUAUAAGCAGAUUCAGAUGUCUAGCAUGAACAAGGUGGAUAUUGUGGCAUCAUUUCAAUCGAGCUAUUUCAUUUCAGGAAUUGCUCCUUUUGGUGAUUCUUUGGUUGUUUUAGCGUACAUUCCCGUGGAAGAAGAUGGAGAAAAGGACUUUCGUAGCACUAUUCCUUCACGCCAGGGAAAUGCUCAGAGACCUGAAGUCAGAGUUGUCACUUGGAAUAACGAUGAACUGGCGACUGAUGCAUUGCCUAUACAUGGCUUUGAGCAUUAUAAGGCCAAGGAUUAUUCCCUUGCUCAUGCUCCUUUCUCAGGUAGCAGCUAUGCAGGUGGUCAGUGGGCUGCUGGCGAUGAACCACUGUACUAUAUUGUGUCACCAAAGGAUGUUGUUAUUGCUAAGCCCAGGGAUACAGAAGAUCACAUAUCUUGGCUUCUUCAACAUGGACGGCACGAGAAAGCCUUGGCAGCAGUUGAAGCGGGUCAGGGACGGAGUGAGCUUCUUGAUGAGGUGGGGUCCAGAUAUCUUGACCAUCUAAUUGUCGAACGCAAAUAUGCUGAGGCAGCAUCUUUAUGUCCCAAAUUACUGCAAGGCUCUGCUUCUGCAUGGGAAAGGUGGGUUUUUCAUUUUGCUCAUCUUCGUCAACUUCCUGUGCUAGUUCCUUACAUACCUACGGAAAAUCCGAGGUUACGUGAUACUGCUUACGAGGUAGCUCUUGUUGCUUUGGCGACAAACACAUCAUUUCAUGAGGAUUUGGUGAAAAUUGUUAAAACCUGGCCACCUGCUCUAUAUUCUACUUUGCCCGUUAUCUCAGCUAUAGAACCCCAGCUUAAUACUUUGUCAUCUAGUGAGGCUCUCAAAGAGGCUCUUGCUGAGCUUUAUGUAAUUGAUGGACAAUAUGAGAAAGCUUUCAGCCUGUAUGCUGAUCUUAAGAAGUCGGAUAUAUUUGACUUCAUUGACAAACAUAAUCUGCAUGAUGCCAUUCGAGAAAAGGUAGCUCAGCUUAUGUUGAUAGACUGCAAACGUGCAAUUCCACUGUUUAUCCAGCACAGAGACCUCAUAAGCCCAUCUGAUGUAGUUUCGCAACUCCUAGCUGCAAAGAAGUGUGAUUACCGAUAUUUUUUGCAUCUCUAUCUGCAUGCACUAUUUGAGUCAAAUCCGCAUGCUGGAAGGGAUUACCAUGACAUGCAGGUGGAGUUGUAUGCUGACUAUGAUCCGAAAAUGCUGCUUCCCUUUCUUCGGAGUAGUCAGCAUUACACACUGGAAAAGGCGCAUGAAAUUUGUGUCAAAAGAGAUUUAUUAAGGGAGCUAGUCUUUAUUCUUGGAAGGAUGGGAAACUCCAGGCAAGCUUUGGCAGUAAUUAUCAAUAAAUUGGGGGAUAUAGAAGAGGCCAUAGAAUUUGUAAGUAUGCAGCAUGAUGAUGAACUCUGGGAAGAGCUUAUUAAACAGUGUCUAAACAAACCAGAGAUGGUAGGGGUGUUGUUGGAGCAUACUGUCGGCAAUCUCGAUCCCUUGUAUAUUGUAAAUAUGGUCCCAAAUGGAUUAGAGAUACCACGGCUUCGAGACCGCCUAGCUGAUUGCGUAAAUUUACUGAUUAAGUAUUACAAGGAGGCCAGGCGUGCCAUAUACUUGAGCAACGAGGAAGACGAGUCCCGGGACGAUAAAAAAGGGCAAUCUCAGUCGACUGACAGGUCCCUUAGCAUAAAAGGAACGGAGGUGAAGUCGAGGAUAAGGGGCGGGACUCGGUGCUGCAUAUGUUUCGACCCGUUCUCAAUCCAAGACGUGUCUAUAUACGUUUUCUUCUGUUGCCAUGCGUACCACGAGACGUGCCUCAUGGACUCUAUCGAUACAAUUAGUAGCAAAAAGAAGCCGGUGGUGGGCCCCACCAAUGGUGACCUGUCGUACUAUGAAUACGAUGACGGUGAUGAUAAUGAUGAUGAUUACGAGGGAGAUGGUGAUGACGGUAGGAUACGUUGUACCUUGUGUACCACUGCUGCAGCUGCUGGUGGUUGA